CGGGAAUUAGCGGAUGUCAACAGAAUCUUUUGUGGGUCUAGUGCUUAUUUUCUGGUCAAUAAUCAUACCAAACCAAUGAUCUGUGCCAUGUCAUGUGUCCAGGCACAGGGCACAUGCUUCAUCAUCCUUACAUCUCUUCAUCCCCAAACAAGUACAAAACAACCAUGCCCUCCCAGACGACAUAUUUCCACAACAACCAUCUUUAACUAUGGCGCAUGCAAUGCGCCUAGGUGAAGUGCCCCCAGUCUUCAAAAUCGACCUCUCUCUCCCUCCAUCACAAAGAUACAUACACGUCGCAAGAAAAUACCACAACCACCUAGUUUCCAUAACAGGUCUCUUCGACCAACUCAUCACCGAUGCCCUCCCCAAAUCCCUCUUACCAUGGAUCAAAAGACUAUCACGCAUUUUCCUGCGCCGCCUAUACACCCAUGAAGAAACAGAAGAAAUCAAAGGCAUCAGCCGCGCCACAGGAAUAGAACUGUACCUACUAGUCUCAUUCAACGUGCUCCUGGACCUACUAAUGGGCUGCACAAGCGGUGCAGCACUAACAAAACUCGACAACCCCGCAGGGGGGAAAUCGCAACCUCGACUUCUGCAUUUCCGAACCCUAGACUGGGGUAUGGAUGAGCUCCGAAAGUUGCUCGUCUGCUUUGAAUAUGUCCGCGGACCUGAUUAUGAGACCGUCCUGGCGACGAACAUCACCUACAUUGGCUUUGUGGGCGUCUUAACCGGUGUCAGGAGAGGACUUAGUGUUUCUCUGAAUUUUAGACCGAACCAUGAUACGAGCAGUUGGCUGCGUAAUUAUCGCUAUUAUGGAAGUCAUUUACUUGUGCUUCUCGGAAUGCGACGGUCGGUAUCCUCUCUGCUAAGGAGAUAUAUCAUUCCUUCGGAUGGGUUGUCUCCCCUGCCCGCUCUCGACGAUGUCUGGCCGACGGUAAUGCGGACACCGUCUACAGCUGCAUACCUGAUCUUUUGCGAUGGGGUCGAUGCAGUGGUCCUGGAAAAGGACCACCGGACAGCUCACGUAGAACGACAAUCCUCUUUCAUCGUCGCAACAAAUAGUGACCAUGUCACUCCCUCAGCGACAGAAAACGGACACCAAGACGACCAUGUCGGUGCAGCCCUAGGGACAGGGGUGGCUGUCUCGGUCGUGGACCUCAUCGAAGACAGCGAAGAACGGAGGAAAUUCAUGCAAGCGCACUGGGAUAAGAAAGUCAGGCAGGCGAGGAAGGCAGCCUCAAUCCCAAAAUGUACAUACUCAACUGCCCGCCAAGAUCCUAUGAGACGCACUCGCGCGUCUCAGAGAAUGGGAGGCCGAUCAGCACAUGAAAUCAUUCUGAAUGGGUCCUCUUUGCAUACUCCUAGCUCGGGUACGUUGGUGGACUCCCAAGUCACAGCUACGCUUCAGGAAGUUAUUAAAUGGACGGCAACAUACCCGACUACUAAUGAGAUGACCCAUUUCGCGGCGGUGAUGGAUCCCACGGAGGGAAAGGUUGUCUGGAUUAGGCGGUACUUGGAACCGUUGGUAUUCGAUACACACUAUUAACAUUUGGUUUCAGAUACUGAGAAGGACAUCCUUGGUAAUUAGAACUAAAGCCGCUAUAGGCAAGCAUGUGGUCUAGGAGAAAUGCACUUUAUAUAGUUAGUAGCGGGUAAAAGCAGCCAGGGAUUUAAUGGCGCUAUGCCCAGACAGACAAUCACUUUACCAAGCCA